CAGAAGGGGAGGAGAAUGGGGAGGAGCUGGGGGGCCGGCGGGCGGGGAAGGAGGGGUCUUAAGGGGCGGCGAGCCCAGGUCGGACUUCCUCGGAGCUUGGUGAUCGGCGACGCACCCACCUUCGCCUCUAACUCGCUGCUGCCACCCUGCCCAGUGUCCUCCGGAGUCCCGGACCCGAGCACGAUGUGGAAACGCUGGCUGGCGUUCGCGCUGGUGACCAUCGCCCUGGUCCACGGCGAGGAGGAACCAAGGAGCAAAUCCAAGAUCUGCGCCAAUGUGUUUUGUGGAGCUGGCCGGGAAUGUGCCAUCACGGAGAAGGGGGAGCCCACAUGCCUCUGCAUUGAGCAAUGCAAACCUCACAAGAGGCCUGUGUGUGGCAGUAAUGGCAAGACCUACCUCAACCACUGUGAACUUCAUAGAGACGCCUGCCUCACUGGAUCCAAGAUUCAGGUUGAUUAUGAUGGACACUGCAAAGAGAAGAAGUCUGUGAGUCCAUCCGCCAGCCCUGUUGUCUGCUAUCAAGCUAACCGUGAUGAGCUCCGACGUCGCAUCAUCCAGUGGCUGGAAGCCGAGAUCAUUCCAGACGGCUGGUUCUCUAAAGGCAGUAACUACAGUGAGAUCCUAGACAAGUACUUUAAGAGCUUUGAUAAUGGGGACUCUCACCUGGACUCCAGUGAGUUCCUGAAAUUCGUGGAGCAGAAUGAAACAGCCAUCAACAUCACCACUUACGCAGAUCAGGAGAACAACAAGCUGCUCAGAGGCCUCUGUGUUGAUGCCCUCAUUGAACUGUCUGAUGAGAACGCUGACUGGAAACUCAGUUUCCAAGAGUUCCUCAAGUGUCUCAACCCAUCCUUCAACCCUCCCGAGAAGAAGUGCGCCCUGGAGGACGAAACCUAUGCAGAUGGAGCUGAGACCGAGGUGGACUGCAAUCGCUGUGUCUGUUCCUGUGGACACUGGGUCUGCACGGCAAUGACCUGUGAUGGAAAGAAUCAGAAGGGGGUCCAGACCCACACAGAGGAGGAGAUGACAAGAUAUAUCCAAGAACACCAGAAGCACCAGGGAACAGCGGAAAAGACCAAGAAGGUAAACACCAAAGAGAUCUAAGAAGAGGCCCAUAGAUAGCACCGUGUCCGAGCCCAGCACCUCCUCUUCAGCGCUGAGCCCAGCACACGGCGUCUGCAGCAAUCACCAAAUCACCAGUCUUUGCUUGUAUGGCAGCGAAUCUUAUUUUGUUUGUUUUGCAGUAAAGGAAAUGGGGGUGGCCGGCUAGUGAGGGAAGGUCACAGCCUUCAUCUCUAGGAAUGCUUUAAGAGAAACUAAAGGACACUUUGAGGUGGGAGGCAAGUAAGGAGACAGCAUCAUCGGGUUGGCAGGGGAGCAGAGGCAGGUCUGAAUGGAGCCUUUCUGGGGUCACAGCAGCUGCAAGGAGACUACAGGAAAUGCAUGAGAUGUUGGGGCGGGGGGUGGGGACACUGAGCUGGCCCUGCUGGAGGAUGUGAGGGGAACUUUGUGGGGAGGAACCCUGUCGCUUUGACCCUUGUCACCACUGUCAUCAUGACAGACCUGCAGCCAAUCUGCUUCUCCUUUUGUUCCUAACGGUCACCUGAAUGCACAGCCACCCCACUAAUUACCUGUGUCCCUCAGACUUGGAUGGAGUUUCCUGGAGGCUGUGUUUAAAUGAUGCAGAUACGUAUGUACUUCAAGCGCCAUGGAGACCUAACCAAAACUUUAAGAUACAUUUUUCUUUUUUACCAAAGGUGCUAUUUCUCUGUAAAAGACUUUUUUUUUCCUUUGCAAGCUGACUUCAUUUCUCAGUUAUUACCGUUAUAUUGUUGUUGUUUUUUAAUGUUUCAUUUUUGACUAGAUAUUAAGCUUUUGUAAUUGUUUUUUCAUUAGUCCUACUAUUUCAGAAGUGAAGGUGAAGGGGGUUUGGACGUUUUUCCAGGUACAGGGAACUCUGUGACACAAACAACCCCUUCCCCUGCCACAUAUUAGACUGGAUGCAGUCCAGAGCGACCACCCCUCCCCCAGCCAGGGCUUCCAGAUGAUCAGCUACGUGCCGCGAACCACAAGAGGUCCCUCAGACAGAAGCCAUAGGACAAAGUAUCUUCAAAGACAGUUGUUGAGAUCCAAAAAGUUCAUUUGGUUUUGUUUCUUGGAAGACAUUCCAGGGAUGGAAGCUCAGGCUAUCGCGGCCUGCCAGCCUGCUGUGAUCUGUGGCUAACUGGCAGAGCAAGCGACUGUGGUUCUAGCUGCUCCUGUUUCUGGCUGUCAGUUUCCUUAGUGAACUGAUAAGAAUGCAUCCUGGGAUUUAAUAAUGUGGUUCAGGCAACUGGUCCAGAGGGAACUACGGUCCUGUGAUUAGUUACUUUCUCCUUAGGAUAGAUGAAGCCAUACCAUAAGAAAAGACAGCCAGGAACAGCAUGGCCUGGUUUUGCUUUGGUUGAAAUGAUCCUAACAGGUGGCUGGGUGUGAGGGCUUCAUGGUCACUCUGCCCAGGAAGAGAGUGUGAAGGACAACUAGCAGCUUCCCUAGCAAUGGUGCACAUGAGUGUGAUCUCUGGAGCCAGAGGUUUCCCCGUACAGAUGAUGAUAAACGUUUUCAGACUUGAGAGCAGUUAAAACUGGAGAUUGAGUCUGGAUUGAGUUUUAACUAACUCAGCACUGGGGGAGAAACUUACUGAAAAUCAAUUCUUUCUUUGGGCCUCUGAUUCUCAGACUCUUUUAUUGUCAUGUUUCGUGUACAUUUAACAUAAAAAAGUUAUCGCAUUUGCAAAAUUCAAGCUGUAGACUGUCUGAAUAAACUAUGGAGAUGUUCCUGCAUAGGCAAGUGAUGGAAGUGGAAUUUCUCCUCAGUAGUUUUCCCUGGUCUCAUCUGAGUGGAGACGACUUGGCUCUGCUGAGUGUUCUGUGCCAGCCCUUUCAAAAGCUCUGAGCCCUACUCAUGCAGCCCAGAUUUCAACCCCCUCUCCAAGUGCCUUGGAGAGCUCACAGCAGCAAUGCCUUCAUCAAAAGUUUUGCUGGUUCUUGGACAUGAUGGGAUAGGGUAGGAGUAUCCAUUUGUUCAAGUAGCUACAGUGUCUGUUGACCAAUCGUCUUUAGAACCCUGUAACCCUGAAUACCCAAGGGCAAGCCCACAUUCCUCUCAAGUUCUGCUACUUCAGUGUAACCAGGGCAGCUGUUGUUGGAACCACCAUAGAUUCAGGUGAUCCUUGAACCAUUCAUGAAAAGCUGCUAAGUAGCCUGGUUUGGCAAGACUUGGAUUGAGAUUUUGCAUGGGACCAACAAGCAGGAUUACUUCUACUUCAGUUCCUAGAGUCCUCUAGAAGCCUAUAGAGCAAGGCUGCACGCUCCCUGGGCUUGCUCUGUGGUUUGGCUUUGUGUUUUGUUUUGUUUUGUUUUAUUAACAUCAGUGACUCCUAAGAUCCAGGACCCAGGGAGGUCUGUCCACAUACAUAUACCAGGACUCUGGAUACUACUGUCAGUCUUGGGGAAGCAGGCUCCUCCAUCGGCAACCCAGUCCAUGUGAACACUCUGAAUGCCUUGGUUACUCCUACGACCUAAGUAGUUAAACUUCAGAAAACAGUUUCAACAGAUUUCUGUUCCCAUGUGGUUACAAAAAUGCAUUUGUAUUUACUGUGCUUCCAUAUUCCAAUUAUCUGGUUUUUGUUAUUUCUGAUUUUUGUUACUAUUAAUAAAUAAAAGUAAAAUAAAAUAAUAGUUGGUUUCCUUAU